UCCACCUGUAUAUUUUGUGAAAGAACUCAUUGACGUCAUACGGUUCACGCAGGCGCGGUAUCCCGUUGUGAUUUAAGCGCAAAUCGCAAAACCAAGAGAACGCGAUACACUGUUCUUGUCAAUGGUCGUUACUGUGGUUCUACAAAACUUAGAUUUACUGCGCGGGAAAUCACUCAUCGGUAAAAUGCUGUCGUGGUAUAAGCUGUUUUUGACCAUCAGUCUGGUGACUUCCUGCGUACUGUCUGCGCCAGUUGCUGACAACUCAGAUAUGAAAGAAGACAAGUCCGAUAUUCCCGUCGAGCAAUUGGAGAAAUUAAAAAUUGAGAUAAACAACGAGAAUCCGGAUCUUAAAAGUGAACAUAUCGAAUAUCACAGGCUUGAUACAGUACAAACGAACGGGGAACUAGUCUCUCGCGUGGAACAGCACGCUUCAGCUGAUGCAGUGGACAAUGAGAAGCCCCGGGUCCACGCAGAGACACAACUCGAUGUGCCGUCUAAGGGCGUACACCAGACCGUGGUGCAGGACGGAUUCCAUGUUAGCGUUAUUGAAGGAACACCGUCCACGUCUGCACCUAGCGAUGAACAAACCACUAAGGUAUUCCACGGAGCGGCUCGUCUUAUUCAACCAGGCUCUGCAACUCAACAAUCCAAUUCUCAGAACGGUCACACGGCUGUACGACGAGCUUUCAACGCUGACAUCAACAAGGAAAUGAAAAAUAACAUGGAUCACUAUGCUUCAUACUCUGGGGUUCAAUAUUCGCCACUCGAUAUGGCGGAGUACGUGUUCUGGACUGGCGACGAGCAUGGCGUUACGAAUGCUAUCGAAGAGUUCCUUCAGGAAGGCUUAAUGAACAAAGAAGAAGCGAUCGCAUUUCUACAAGAAAUAAAGUUCAAUAUCGACUACCUCCGCGCUCAUUACGCACAGAAUAUCAAUGCGGCUGAACAAAGUGCGCAGCAAGAAAAGCUGAGGAAUGCCCUUCUGGAACAGAAUGCUAAGGAGCUGCAAUAUCGGCCGAUGCUGCAAUCAUUUCCUUUCGGCGGCAGCCCUGACAUAAUUCGCUCUAUCUCCGGCAAGACGUGGGAAAUGAGUAACAACCUCGGCGUGGUGCCAGCCCUGCCAGUAUCCACCGACCUGCGACCGGAGAUUGCGAAGCGCGCUUACGACCCUAUGAUGCAGACUAAUGUUAUUAGCACGUCUGACUACGACCGCGAUGGCUCGAUUGUCAGCGAAGAAGAGUAUGAGGAAAUGAUGGAAAAAUUGAGAGCCGCUGACACACUCUACACUGAGUAUUCACUGGAGGAGAUUAUAUAUCAACUGGCUAAGAUGAUGUUCUCACAAUCGCUGUCCCGCGACCCCGCCUCCGCGCGCACCUCGAUGCAGCGCUUCAUGACAUUCCUCGAGCUGGAGGCCGAGAGGGGACAACUUUCUAGAAACAUCGAGAAGAAAGUGCUGGACAUUAUGGUCGCCGCUUUGACGGACACUCUGGGAGACCACCCUGAACUUUUGCAGCAAAGGGAGGCGUUUGGAAGCAACUCUGCUAAUCGGAUUAUGAAACAAUUUCUGGAUGCCAGCGCGUCGGAGCCCGGCAUGAACCGCGCUAUCCUGUCCGCCUACAAACACGACCUACUGAAGCGACCACCGCUACAGAAACUCGCUUUCGAACAAAAUUAAUUAUAUCCAAACGUAACGUUUUCAUUUACGAAUUAUGUUUAUUGAAGACGUGUUUUUACCGAAUUUUAUUAACAAAACACCCAAAGAAUAGUGAUGUCUUUUUUUACAAUUUUGAAGCUCAAUCUGACCAAUUUCGGCGAUUUAAAAAAAUAUGUUUUAAUUACAAUAGAAAUAAAAAUAAUUAAGCAUUCGAUCUCUUUGCUUAUUUAAGAGAACUAAAAUAAAAUAAAUAAAACCGUAAAAACUACACCAACUACAUUUAAAUUAUCUUUGCUUUUUAAUUUUAAUACAAGAGUCUAGAGCCAAAUAUUUAUCUUAGUUCUACAGAGGGCAUUUAAUUGCUAUUAGCAAUUAACUAGUAGGUAUAAAAUAUACAAUUUUUUAUCUAUUGUAGCCAAAUAACUAGGUUUAACUUGAGUAAGUACCUUUUAAAAAGUACCUUUGAAAAUAAAAAAAAAAUCGCUUUUCGUUUCUGUUAGUUAAUAGAUUCUCUAAUAGUUGAUUAGUGUUUCCUCGGCUUGCGAAAUAUACAAUUAAUAUCAUUAGAAAUAGUACAAUCAAUAAUUAGUCAUUUCAUAUGCCUUUAAAAUAUCACAAAUGAGAAGUAACGUUUAUGUAAUCGAUAAAUAAUAUUUUAAUAUACAAUGAACAAUUUAUAUACAUAUUUACAUAUUUCAAACUACUACUUCCACUAAGCACAUUGAAGAAUAAAAAUACAUAUUUUGCUUAAGUGCGCGCUUAUUUUGGUGCGUAUACUUAAAGAUUUAUUAUGUCUAAGGGCAUAGACAUACUUGUGUAUCCAAUACUUCAAGAAUUAAACUAUAAAGUUUAUAAACUAUUUAACAUAAUAUUGUCUGUUAACUAUAAGCUGACCUAGUUCAACUAUGGUAGUAACUAUCUCGCUUUGUUCUUAGCAAGUGAAGCAAUUCCUGUGGCCGCAAAUUGUUGUAUAAGUCAUGUGUUUAUUCCAUAUAGUUCAGCCUAUAGUUGUAGGUCUAGUAAGAUCCAACUUGCCUAUAAACUCGCUAAUGAUGUCGUUAACUGAUGUUAUCUAAGAAACAAACGAAACAUAAAAUUAAUUCGAUCACAUAAAAUAAAAAUUAACAUAUCCACAGACCAUAAAGAACAAUCUACGUAUAUUUUUGAAUAUAUCCUCAUUAUACCUAUAGUAGAUACUAAUAUUAUCCUUGAAUGUCAGAAUAUACCAUUAUUUACACAUUCCUUAGCUAUAACAUUGUGUCAUUAUUGGAAUAAAAGACAUAUUAUUAAGACUUGAAUAGUGUACGGAAAUUGGAAUAUUAAUGAGACGCUGCAUUAAUGAUCUGCAAAAUUUAAUAUA